CUACAUGACAGUAAUGGAACGACUCUGCAAUGUGGUAAUAAAAUCUGUCCCUUCUGGUCGACGUGUACCAACAACACCCUGUCUGGCGAGAUGGAGUGCGGUUCUUGCAUGGCGGGGUUCGUGGGCAAUAAUUGUACGGACAUAGAUGAGUGUACCGCUCUGGGAUAUGAUCUCUGCGCUCGCUUUGGGACAGGUGCCUGUGUAAACACUCUAGGGAGUUUCAAAUGCACCUGCUCAAUGGGUUGGACUGGACCGCGAUGCCAAUACGUAGACGAGAACGUCGUCGCGUCGGACCGAGUCUGCCUUGGAGGAUUCGUGAACAAAGCCUAUAAUGAAACCUACGGGGAAUGUCGAGAUAUCGAUGAAUGCAGUAAUAGCAUCACUAACACGUGUGGAUUCCAUCAGCACUGCAAAAAUACUGCUGGCAGUUAUAAAUGUGAUUGUGAUAUCGGCUGGGAAGGCUCAAGCUGUGGAAAAGAUAUAGAUGAGUGCACAAGGGCCAAUAUUUGUGGUAUGAACCAACAUUGUAUUAAUAAUGACGGCAGCUACAUCUGCAUUGAAGGUAUUACGGAUAUGUCAACGACAGACACAAAAUAUGAAAGCGCGAAUAACAAUUUCCAAACGACACUUACAGCAUCAGAUGGAUUCCUUCAUUCAACUGAUAAUCGUGAGAGCACUGUUGAUGGCGGUCAUACAUGUAUGAACACCGUACAUAGUUCUGUAUUUGCGAAGCAAAAUCCGGAGAAACAACAGGAAACAAAACUUGAUGUUGUUCUUGGCUCCAUAUUUGGCACCAUGGCCUUUAUUUCCGGAUUUUUAGUGGCACUGGUUGCAUAUAAAAAGUGCAGCAAGAAAAACAAGGUGGAAUCUAAGACCGAAAACGCAACCCAGGAUGUGGGAAGUAAAGGCCACGCAAGGGUCUUCAUUAUCGAAUAAGAUGGACGUUUCAAAACUGCUUUAUGAAAAAACAAUACUUUGUAAAACACGCGUUGGUUUGACUGUUUAAUUAAAUAACACUAUAUUAUGUUAAAACUAAUAUUUGUAUUCUACAGUGUUUAAACAAACUUUCAAAUAUAGCCUCUGCCUUUAUUUGAGUGUACACAUAUCUACAGAAGUAACAUUCACAUACGGCCAACUAUUUACGUACACGGACGUGCUUAUGUCUUACUUACGUUAAUGUAUCAUUAUGAUUGUCGAUUGAAAUGAAUGUCUUAUUAUUAAUUUCAAAUAUUCGAGUAUGAUAGUUAAGAAGACAAAAUUUUUAUCAGUUACAGUUGAGCUAUUCGCCGAUUCAAAACACCUCCAAAUAAACAACACUAUAAUUCACAUUAAAAUUUCAGAUGCGCCAGUGGGUUGAAAAUCAAUAAAAGGUUUUCAAUAUUUGUCAAUGUUGGUCUGCGUAUAUGUGGAGGGCAUAAUUCGUUGGAACAUCGAUGACAUCUAAAAGUAAAAUACGCGCAAUGUACCGCGGAAAACGAAUGCAUUGAACAAGUAUUUGCUUCCUUAUCAAUACGUCGAUUGAUGGGCUAUUAUUGUGUUUAAUAAAGAGUCACACGCUCAUUAACAUCGGUAAGUACAACUGUACCACCUACGUGUUGACUUUCACAGUGUACAACUGUACCACCUACGUGU